AUGGCAGGCAUCUUUGAGGCACCGCGGAAUGCGGACACACUCUUCCUGGGUGGGCAGAAAAUCACCGGUGCUGAUGUCCGUGAGCAGACUGUUCUGGCGACUCAGGCCAUCGCAAAUGUCAUCAAGAGCUCUUUCGGUCCCUCCGGUUUGGACAAGAUGAUGGUGGACGACAUAGGGGAUGUUACUGUGACGAACGACGGCGCUACCAUCCUGUCUUUGCUGGAUAUUGAGCACCCUGCAGGCAAGAUCCUCGUUGAUCUGGCCCAGCAACAGGAUAAGGAGGUCGGAGAUGGCACAACCUCUGUCGUUCUUAUUGCCGCAGAGCUGUUGCGGAGAGGAAACGAGUUAAUUAAGAACAAAAUCCACCCCACGACCAUCAUCACAGGAUUCCGUCUUGCCCUGCGCGAAGCCGUCAAGUAUAUGAACGAGAACAUUACGACGAAGGUGGAUAAUAUUGGAAGGGAUAGCUUGGUCAACAUUGCGAAGACUUCCAUGUCCAGCAAGAUUCUCGGUUCCGACUCUGACUUCUUUGCGAACAUGUGUGUGGAUGCGAUGCUCCAGGUGAAGUCCGUCAACCAGAGAGGCGAGGUUAAAUACCCCGUCAAGGCUGUGAACCUGCUGAAGGCCCACGGAAAGAGUGGUACCGAAUCCGUUCUCGUGAACGGCUAUGCUUUGAACUGCACCGUUGCUUCUCAGGCUAUGACGACUCAUGUUACCGACGCCAAGAUCGCUUGUCUGGAUAUGAACCUGCAGAAGGAGCGUAUGAAGCUUGGUGUUCAGAUUACAGUGGAGGACCCCGAUCAAUUGGAGAAGAUCCGUGAGCGGGAGUCGGGCAUUGUUCUCGAGCGUGUUGAGAUGAUCCUGAAGUCCGGUGCCAAUGUCGUCCUUACGACAAAGGGUAUUGAUGAUAUGGUUCUCAAGCUCUUUGUCGAGCGUGGAGCCAUGGCAGUUCGCCGUUGCAAGAAGGAGGACUUGCGCCGUAUCGCCAAGGCUACCGGUGCUACCCUGGUCAGCACCUUGUCUGACCUCAACGGAGAUGAGAAGUUCGACGCAUCAAACCUUGGACACGCCGAGGAGGUUGCGCAAGAACGGAUUUCGGACGAUGAGUGCAUCCUCGUCAGGGGCACCAAGGUCCACAACUCCGCUUCCAUUAUUCUCCGUGGUGCCAAUGAAUACAGUUUGGACGAGAUGGAGCGCUCUGUGCAUGACUCUCUCUGUGCUAUUAAGCGGACUCUGGAGAGCGGAAGCAUCGUUCCUGGCGGUGGAGCCGUGGAAACAGCACUUCAUAUCUACCUUGAGGAAUUCGCAGUGACAGUGGGCUCUCGUGAGCAACUGGCCAUCGGCGAGUUCGCACAGUCUCUUCUCGUCAUCCCUAAGACUCUGGCAGUCAACGCAGCCAAGGAUUCAUCCGAGCUUGUCGCCCAGCUCCGGGUUCGCCACGCCCUGUCACAGCGUGUGCAGGACGGCGAUGCCAACGAGGAGGAGAAGGCCAUCGCCAAGAAGAAGACUUACCGCAACUACGGUCUGGAUCUGUCCAAGGGUCGGGUUCACGACACCCUGAAGGCGGGUGUUUUGGAGCCCAGCAUGAGCAAGGUCAAGCAGCUCAAGAGUGCCGUCGAGGCUUGCAUAGCCAUCAUGCGCAUUGACACUAUCAUCAAGCUGGAUCCCGAGCAAAAGGCAGAUGACGGUCACGGUCACUAA